GACGUUUUCAGUAAUUUACGCUCCCAAAGUUUGAAUUGAUGACUGCCUCGGGUAAUAGUAGCUCGAGAGUCAUACAUUUCGGUUCCGUGGCUCAGAAGGAACAGCAGAGAGACUUCAUGGUAUGGUUCCAAAGAUCAUUACAAUCUAAGCCAGAACAAAUUUCCUGUCAACUUCCAGGGAGUCAUCGGCCUGGUAAUCAGCUCACUGCAGUUCGAUCGAAGACUAGAGGAUACGAUGUUGCUUAUCGAGUAGCAUGUGAUGAUGGCUACCAAGCUGUUGUAAAUUUCGCUGCAUUAGGUCAAUUGCUCUACCGCACCGAAAAGUUUGAAAACGAGGCUAUUGUACUCCUAUAUCUCCGUAGACAUGCCAAUACUUCAGUUCCACAGCCAUUGGGAAUUGGAAAACUUUCUCUUCCACCGCACAUUGGGGAAGGAUUCGCGGAGAGGGAUCUCGCUUCUGAUGCGCUUGUGGCGUCCAAGACAGAGCUACAGAAUUUGAAUCUCAACAUAAAAUGGGUUUAUCAAAAUUUUCGAAAGUUGAUAAGUGACGCGUCAGUCUAUGCACCCACUAGUGCACGAAUCUCGAUAUACACUACCUCUGCUAGUCAACUUGACUCGUUGGUUCAACAACACAUGUCUCAACAGCGCAACCAACAAAACGCUUGUGUUAAAGGUGGACAAGAACUCAAGGAAAAUUACACAUCCCGCUGUCUGUUCUUUAGGAUUAACGAUAAAUGGCUUUUAAACACUCUAUUGAUUCAUUUCGAUUGUUUUGUAAGUAUUUCCAACAAUCAAAUGUUAUUUUUAAUACAGAACUAUUUCACACCAAUACAGUCAUCAACCUCGAGUUCACGUAUGCAGCACCUUGGUGGCUUCUAUUACCGAAUCUAGAACAAUAAGAGCUAGAUUUGAAACACACGUUUCUAUCCUAGUUUAACCCACAACCUUUUAUUUUCCUUGAGGCUCCACGAGAAAUUGAAGAGUAACAGAUCAAAAGUGACAAGCUUGUCGAAGCUCGGCGGCUCUCAGAACGCAUGGAACAAUCAAUGAAAAUAGACUAUUUUGGUUCUAUCUUGCAAUAAAAGUUAGUGGACCCA